AUGCAUCACUACAUCAGCAACACCCAAGGAGCCACGACGACACAGUACGCCUACGUUCCUCAACCUCCACCAUCGCCCCCCAUGGACGAAUCAACCAAGUGCUCUCUCCCCUCCAUCUCCAACCUCCUUGGCCUGGCCGACCAGGGCUCGCCCACGAGCGAGACACAUCCUCAGAACCAACAAGUUCUCAAAGGAGAGGCCGUCUCGGCAAAGCCAGAAACGAGACCCAGCUCGUCUCACUAUGGGGGCAGUCACUCCCAGACUCGGGCCAACUUCCCACCCACGCCCCCCAUGAGCACCGAUGCUUCAUUCGACGGAUACAACUCGCCCUCAACUCGCUCGGUCAGCCAGAUGUCCGCCGUCUCGGCACCCCAUCCUCACAACUACUACUACGAGACAACACCUCCUCUGGAGGAUGUCCACCACCAACACCAACGCGCCAUGUCCCACACCCCGGCCGCCCGCCUUCCCAUCCAUCAGACGACGCCCUACCCGCCUCCGGCCUCAUCCCACUACCCCUCUGCUUCGGCAGCCGCCUCCUCCUACCUCCCUCCCCACCAUCAGCAACCGCAGCACCACCACUCUGUCGGCCCGGUCCCCUUCUACCCUCCGCCCCAGGCUCAGAUUACCAGUCUCUACUACCAGAGGCCCCUGCCCGCAGCAUUCCCUCCCUCAGUGGCCCCGCCGACGAUGCUCGGCGGCCCCAACCCAUGGCAGCACCACCACUACAUCUCGCCCUCGGCCGCCGCCAGCUUCCCCCAGAGCCAGGACCGCUACGUCUGCCCGACGUGCAACAAGGCCUUCUCCCGCCCCAGCAGCCUGCGCAUCCACUCGCACUCCCACACCGGCGAGAAGCCCUUCAAGUGCCCGCACGGCGGCUGCGGCAAGGCCUUUAGCGUGCGCAGCAACAUGAAGCGCCACGAGCGCGGCUGCCACAGCUUCGACGGCGCGGCGCCCGUCUCCUGA